GAUUAACACUUCCUAUGUCGAAAUGUACUAGUAUUCACACACCGAUUUGUAUUUUAUUUACUUUUUUAACCAUAUAAUGGUGUCUAUUGAUUUUUUAUAGAGCAAUUCAAGCGCAUGCGUCUUGCGACAUAUAUUUCGUAAUACCCAGGUUAAUAGCUAGGGCACACUCCACCAAAUAAAUAGACGGUAUCUGCUAGGUCCGGACGUUUAAAUCACUACAAAACGAAACUAGUCAACAUGGAGAAAAAACCGCUACCAGAACCUGUAAAUCCACAAGAAAAGGAGCGAGCUUUGUCCUCCAUCAAGAUGAUGUCUGCUGUGGCCCUUUUUCUGGGGAUCGGCAGUGUUACCGUUGGCAUUCUCUCGCUUGCUUACCUCGGCGGAGCUAAGUAUCCCGUUACCGCUUUAACCGGGAUCUGGUAUGGAAUGAGUUCGAUAGCGUUUGGGUUAUUAGGAAUUUUUGCCGCUAUGUCAAGUGACGAGACAACACAGAAAAGACUGCUGAAUGGACACUACGUCACAAGCAUUAUUAUCAUGUCGAUGGGGUAUGCCUGGGCUACUGCUAUACAGGGAGUGGUGGCGUGUGGUGGUGGGGAGGAAAAGUGUGGAGACAAUGCGGAGAUACAGACCGCUCUUCAUGGAGUUUUAAUCGGUAUCAUUGCCGUGGUAUAUAUAAUAGGCGUGUGGUCGAUGUCGCUACAUGCUAUCAGAAGAAAGGUGCUGCAUCCGGAGUGGAAUUAUCGCAGAGGCUGUUGUUGGUUCAACAAAUGAAGACCCACAGAAGUGUUAACGCAGGGUAGUCGGAAUGGUUGGAGUCUAUUUCAUGCACUCAGGGAAUAUUUACUGCUAAGUAAAUUGACACACUGUGAUAAUGCCACUAUCUGCUAGAUACAAAUACUGAUUCAGUAACGUUUUGACCAGCAUCAGCAUGCGUGUGUAUAUCGGGCAACUGGACAAAAUUAGAAGCCCAGCUUGUUUACUGCCAAGUAAAUUUGCAGUCAUUAUGAUAAUGCCACCAGAUGCUAAAUACAGAUCAUAGUAAUUCAGUUGCUUAUUCACCAGCAUCAGCAAUGGUAUGUAGGUCGAGCAACUGGACAAAAUGAUACAUUGGAAGUGUAUGCGUGCACUUGUGCGUAUGUUGUGCGUGCGCCAUGUGUGUAUGCGUGUGUGAUUGUUUUCAUCGUUAUUUUUAUGGUUUGGCUUAUUUUCAAUAAAAUAAACCGAAAUUUUUAUUUUGACACAAAA